AUGAAGCUUUUGGCAAAUAUAAUUGCUGCUGCCAGUGCCUACUCCAGUUCCAGUUCCAGCUCCAGCUCCGAUUCUGAUGGCCCAUAUUGGGACGGCUCGGAUGUCUGCACUGGAGUCUAUCGAAUUGAAAAUGAGCGAAGAUUCGCUUCGCCCGCCAUGAGCGGCAACCCUGCAAUGGGUUCCCUCUACCUCAACAACCUGAACUGCCACUACGAGAUCGAACUUGACCCCGCCGUCACCUCUUUCAGCAUCAUCGCCCAUUCGUUCAACGUCGAGAGCUGGAGCUAUCGAGCCCCAGAUCAUGAGACUGAUCCCUACCUUUGCACCGGUUGCAGCUGCGACAGGCUCCAAAUCAUCGACGGCGACGGCGUCGUAGUGAACUUCUGCGGCGAUGCCAACGAAGAAAACCCGCCCUACGCUGGAAAUCCACUGACAACCUACACCAUCUCCGGAAACACUGCGCAAGUAAGCUUCAUCACCGACGACAAGGUUACCAAGAGAGGCUACGAAGCCGAAGUCAAGAUCAACGAUUUGCCAAACGACCUGGCUUGGCGCCAGAUUGAAAUGAAAGCCGCAGAAGUUUCCACCCAGAUCUCCGACUUCUACGGCAGCAUCGGCUCUAAAAUCGGAACAAGAAAGGUCAACUCAUUCAAUUUCUUCAUGAAUACGAUGAAAAGGCUUAAGGACUUAUCUUCCGAUGAAGCGUGCGCCUUCCCCGCUGGCUCAAACGAUCACACUACUUUCGUGAAACCGGUCGAUUCCGACAAUGCUUGCGAAGAAUUGCAAGGACUUUUCGCCUCUCUCGUCUCCUUCACCGACUCUUUCGUCUGCUUGGCCGAUAGAAAAGCAAAACCUUCGAAGGUUCUGAGCCCAAUUCAUCGCCAAAGAAAGGCGCUUGUUAACAGGAAACUGAAGCAGAUGAAAUGUGGCAACUAA